AUGAUAGACGCCUAUCUAUUGACAUUCAAUUGUGCGAGGCACCUCGUAAACCCUGAGACCCUCGCACCAGCGUUAUUUGAUGCGCUGCCAAAGGCUGCCGCCGUGCCAGAUGUUCUCGCACUCAGUCUGCAGGAGGUCGCGCCAAUCGCAUACAGCUUCCUCGGAGGCUCAUACCUGAAACCCUAUUUCGAUCGCAUAUCGACGACUGUCCACCUCGCCGCAGACCUCCACAGCCAUGGCAGUGAACGGCUCGAACACGUGGCUACCCGUAGCCUGGGCAUGACGGCGCUGAUGAUCUUUGCAAAACCCAGGUUCCUCGAGAGAAUACAGUAUAUUCAAGCGGCAGGUGCUGGUGUUGGAGUGUGGAACAUGGGCAAUAAAGGUGCCGUUGCAAUGCGCAUCGGCGUGUCACGACCGGGUUCCGACGUGAUGCUGAAUAUAAGCUUCGUUGCAGCUCAUCUAGCACCUCAUGAGAAGGAGGUCGCCUUAAGAAACCAGAACUGGGAGGAUCUUGUGCGCAACAUGGUCUUCGCAACCGAUAGUGACUCUGUGUACAGCUAUAGCGAGGAAGCUCCCCUAUGGGCAUCUGGAGAAGCUCCUGCAGGAAGGACCGGCCUGUUCCAUCCUGGCAGUCAUCUUUUUGUUGCUGGAGACCUCAACUACAGGACGCACGACUCUUCACCUGGUCCGGACGCACACCAGACUUAUCCUCAGCCCUCAGCCUCUGAUGAGUUACCAGAACACUUUUCGCAUUUGCUCAAGACAGACCAACUAAACAGAGAAAGAAAAGCACACCACACACUGCACGGACUCGAAGAACUACCGAUCGAUUUUCCCCCAACCUACAAGUAUUCGUUACGCAAGGACAAGGCACGAUCUGCAUCAGGCUCUGAAGCCAGCUGGGAAUGGGCGAUUCACCGCUACCCGUCAUGGUGCGACCGGAUACUAUACCUACCAAGCCCUGCAUCUGCAUCGCAGCUCGAACCGCAAAUAUAUACCGCUUUGCCAGUUCAACCUACAUCCGACCACCGUCCAGUGGCAUUAUCUGUACGCGUCGACGACAAAGCUCUGCCUACAGAUGCACGGGACAUCCGCUCGAACCCUCCUUUUCCCAUAAACCCUGAAUGGAAGGCCAGGAGAGAUGCUGGAAGACGAUAUGAGAUCAUCGUGGGCGUACUAUCCUAUCUGGCAUUGACGAAGAAGGGCAACGCCGCGAUAGCCGUUGUUCUAGGCGCUGCGUUGGCGACAUUCUACCUGGCCAGCUGGCUUCGAAGAUAG